GAGAGAAUAAAAUGCGCCCGUAGCCCGUCUCCCGAGUCAGCUGUUCUCGCUGUAAACAAGAGGAGGAGGAACACAGUCAUACCUCCUCUUUUUCUACAUUAUUUAUCAACGUUGAAAGUUACAGGAACUCAAGAGUAUGUCUCUUGAUGGAGAAGAGCAAGAUGAUGAACUGCUGGCCUUAGCAAGCAUAUAUGAGGACUCCUUUGUAUCAGCAUUGGAUCAUGAUGCAGAAGAAGACUUGGCUGUGAAAGAUGAGGUCUUAAAGGGAGGAGAACUUGCGAUACACUUAGAUUUACCUCCGGAGUUCUCAAUUCUUUCUAAAAGAGUGGGGGAAAAUGAUGAAGUGCUUGAACAGAGGCUUGUGGUGGAACAUUUGCCUCCACUCUACCUUCACUUCACAUAUCCCUCCACAUACCCCUCGGAGCAUCCACCAAACUUCACACUCUCCUGCAAGUGGCUUAAUCGUGCACAGUUAACUCAGCUCUGCACCCAGUUGGAUGCUCAAUGGGAAGAGAACAAAGGAAGUGUUAUCAUGUUCACCUGGGCCCAGUUCCUGAAAGACAGCAGUCUCGAAAGCCUUGGUUUUACAGAUGAAUUAAAUUUAGAUAUUAUUAAGCCUGUUCAGAGCAUGAACAUUGGUGACGGGGCAUUACAACAGGAGGUUCAGGGGGAAACUGGUGCUAAUGGUGAUGAAGGCAAAAUCUGUGAUAAUUCCCAUAGUGAUAAUAGUGGCAAAACUGAAGGAGCUGCAGUUGUAAGUGAAGCAGGACAUGGUAGCCUGAGCCUUGAUUCUCGAACUAUUCAGGACAUUGCUCCAAACACAAAUAUGCUCAGAUUGCUGCGUGACUAUGAUGAAGACAUGAGAAGGAAAGUCUUCAGUAAUAAGAAUUUUGAAUGUAAAGUUUGCUUUAUGGAUAAGCUAGGGAGUCAUUGUUUAGAGUUCUGGCCUUGCCAUCAUGUAUAUUGUAAAGACUGUAUGGCAUCAUAUUUUGAGGUGCAGAUCAAUGAGGGAAACAUCAAGUUCCUCAGAUGUCCUGAGGAUGACUGUGAAUCAGAAGCCAACCCAAAACAGGUUCAAGAGCUUGUCUCAGAAGAUAUGUACAAGAGAUGGGAUGAAAUGUUGCUCAACACUACACUGUCUGCAUUGGGUGAUAUCCAGCCUUGCCCAAGGAUGCACUGCCAGUAUCCUGUGACUAUAGAAGAAGGCCAAGGGUCCUGUCCUUCAUGCAAGUUUGUCUUCUGUGGUUUGUGCAGAUUUGGGUGGCAUGGGAUUGAGCCUUGUAAGCUGAAGAAGACUGAAGCAAGGCAAGCCUUAGAUCUGUAUGUAAGUGGAGAUGCUGAUGCCAAGCGUGAACUUGAAAGAAGAUUUGGCAAGAAGUACAUGGAAUUGCUGAUGAACGAGUACCUUUCCCUGAACUACUUGGAAGAGAAUUCAAAGCAGUGCCCCAAAUGCUGUGCCAAGAUUGAGAAAAUCUCUGGUUGCAACAAGAUGACUUGUCACCGUUGCAGAGUAGAUUUCUGCUGGCUGUGUAUGCUCUAUUUAGACAAAGAACGUCCUUAUGAUCAUUUCAACAAAGCGAAUGGAGCUUGUUAUGAUAGGCUGUUUGAAGGUGUUGAGGAUGAAGAUGAUGAUUGGUAGUAUGAUUAAGGCCAUUAAGAAUCUAGAAUACUGUGAUUAAGAUAAAAAAAAAAAGAAUUAUAAAAACUGUCUUUAACCCAUUGGCACUGGCGCACAUGCACUGUGCACAAGUAGUUUUCUUUUGUCAGUUUUGUAUACACAUAGAUGUCUACAGAAGUGCUUAGUCACUAAUAUGUCAAUUAUUUGGCCUACUUGCCCUCAUCUUUUUAUUUCAUUUCUUGAUUAGUCAGGAUUUUCAGGUUAGUAAUAUAUGUAUAUAUUUUUUUCUUCAUUAAAAUUCAAGGAAUGGGUUAAACAGGUGAGAUAAAAUAGGCCUGUCAUUGAUUCCUUGAUGACUAUAGACUUCCAAAACUAUGUAUGUGUAAAUAGAAUUGAUAUAAUAAAAUCACUGUGUCAUCAGAUUAAGGCGCACAGUUCAGAGAUAGCAACAAGUGUCUUAUUCAAGAUAGAUAUAUAGUAGAUAAAUUAUUUUUUUAACUUAAUGAUAUGUAACACAGUAAGUCAUAGAAAGUUAGCUACUUUUUAUUUCUUCUUUUUCAGUCUUUCUUUCUGUUUUUUCUUUUUCUUUUUUUUCUACUUUUUUUUUUUACCUUGCUAAUCAUUCAUUGAAAAAUAAUAGCAAGGAACAAAGUUGUUAAUGAACUGCAA